CCAUCGCGUCCACAUUGCGCCGCAUCACGGUGAGGUCAUUGUCGUGCUGCGGUUAAAUUAGCCUGGCUAACGGGAGCAGUGCACUGCUAAGCUAUUAGCAUUUCGUUUAUGUGCGCUGAAGGCUGAAUAAGUAACAGUGUGAAGGAUGUCUGGAAGUGCAGGAGAGUGGUGUCUCAUGGAGAGCGACCCCGGGGUUUUCACGGAGCUCAUAAAAGGUUUCGGCUGCAGAGGAGCCCAGGUUGAAGAGAUAUGGAGUAUGGAGCCAGAGAACUUUGAAAACUUGAAACCCGUUCACGGGUUGAUUUUCCUGUUUAAGUGGCAGCCUGGUGAAGAGCCAGCAGGAUCAAUUGUCCAGGAUUCAAGACUUGAUCACAUCUUCUUUGCCAAGCAGGUACUCUUAGCAUCACAAUUAAUGUCCCUCAUCUUCUCCUCUCCUCAGAUGAAAGGUUUGGCUCUCAGCAACUCAGAAGUGAUCCGACAAGUUCACAACAGCUUUGCCAGACAGCAAAUGUUUGAAUUUGAUGCAAAGUCUUCGGCGAAGGACGAGGACGCAUUCCACUUUGUGAGCUACGUUCCUGUAAAUGGCAGGCUAUAUGAGCUGGACGGGCUCCGAGAGGGGCCGAUCGACCUGGGUGCAUGCAACCAGGAUGACUGGAUCAGCGCAGUCCGCCCUGUGAUUGAGAAAAGAAUACAGAAGUACAGUGAGGGUGAGAUCCGGUUCAACCUAAUGGCCAUCGUGUCUGACAGAAAAAUGAUAUAUGAGAGGAAAAUUGCGGAGCUCCAGGCCCAGCUUACUGAGGAUGAACCAAUGGACACAGACCAGAGCAGCACGUUCCUCAGCUCCAUCCAGUCAGAGAUUGCCAAGUACCAGCUCCUUAUUGAAGAAGAAAAUCAGAAACUAAAAAGAUAUAAGAUUGAAAAUAUUAGACGAAAGCACAACUACCUUCCUUUCAUCAUGGAGCUGUUGAAGACGCUGGCAGAGUACCAGCAGUUAAUACCUUUGGUGGAGAAGGUAAUUCCCCCCCACUUUCUCCAGCUUUCCACGGCCCUGUUUACUUUGAGCAGGCGAGUGUUCUCAGAAGACUCGAGUACUUUGACAUUUUAAAACAUUGUUCUUUUAACAAGCACGUUAUUUUAAUUAAUAAGCCAAGUGCUGCCAGCAGGUAGCUUUUAUGAGCAUUGGAGGAGUGAUAAUGAAAUACCUUUUCUUAAUGUGAAGGGUCUCUGUGAAUUAAGAAUUCCCUUUUGAGAUUUUGGUGAGGGCAUUUCUUUAAGAACACGCUGAUUAGUGAAACUGUGUAGAAAGCCAGACUGUAAUUGGCUUUUGUGUCCACUAGGGGGCAAACUUGAUUUGAAAAGUAGG